CAGAAGUCUAACCACAACAGGAAGUUUCAAAAGAGGGCUUACAUGAAUUUCUCCCCGUGCCUCCACUUACAUUUUAUCAUUCACACGAGAGCAGAUGCUUGUGUUUUGGGAAAGAGUUGAUUAGUCUGGAACACAUACUGGAAAGACAAGGAGUAUUUAUCCAUGGACACACCAUGGUACAGACAGUACUUCUGGCUUUUGGUAUUUGCAGGAAUUGUACUUUUUACUGCAAUCAUCAGCCUAAUCAUGGUUUGUCUGUGCAGGACACAGUUCUCAAAAGGUCUAAGUGCACGUAUUCAGAAGUCAUUUAGACAGAAAUCUAGAAAUCAAACACAAAGACAAGCAAACCAAGUAAUUAUGGACAAUAGCAUUUAUACUUCAUCACCAAGGAUAACGGCAGCUAACCCUGAUUCGAGGGUUGAUUCAAACAGACAAGGCCUGCAGCAGAACACAUUUCCAGUAUAUGCAGUGGCAGAGAAGAAGGAGAAACAGCUACAGUAUGUAAAUGUGGAAUUUGAAUUCAAGCCUGAGAAUAAUUUCCAAACAUCUGUAGAAUACAAACAGGAGCAGACUGGAAAAGAAUUUGUUAAUAUUGUUCCAGAAUGGGAAGAUAUGCCAAAUGGUGAAUAUAUUGAUAUCCUCCCUGAAGAUGAUGACAUUAAUGAACUGUAUGAUGACGUGCAGUUUUAGUAUCAAAUUAAAGUAACUGAUGAGCUAAUUACACUGUGCAACAAAUAUAGCCAAGUCCCUUACUUAUUAGCAGCAUGAGAUUAGCUCAGCUUUGUGUUCUGUUAGUAGAUUCUCAGUUUGAAAAACCCAUGAUUUUUCACUGGAAAAGCCUACAUUGUUUUAAUGUAUGUUUUUAUGAUAAACAUGUUUUACUUGUGGGCCUGCUAAGCUUUAGAACAUAUCCUGAGGAUCAAAAGUAAUAGAUGGCAAAUGCAGGCAAUAGGUACUUUCAGGAGUCCCAUACUUAUUUAUGGAUCGUAAAAAAGCAAAAGUUAAAUAGAAUCAUUUGCAAGGUAUGCCAAUGUACAAUUAUCUAUUCUAUAGGGGAGCUCUCUUAGGGGCCCCUAAGAGGGUCUGAAGGCCCCUGAGGUGGCAGCUUGCUCCGGUGGGCCUUGGAUACCCCAACUUGGCCAAAUACAGAAUCUAUUCUGUAUCCUUCUGUAAUUGGCAUACUUUAUGGUAAUUUGCAUGUUAUAAUCAAAAACAGAUUUGCAACUUUUUUGCCACCUUAUAUUGUUGAGCACUUAGGUCAUAUGAUAAAUAUACAGGAUUCCGUGUGUCCCAGAUUGAUACCAAUGAUAGUAAUAAGGAAGAGAGACAGAAAAAGAAAUAAAAAAACAGAAAAGUUGGGUAUUGGGUUACCUCCAUGUCUAAAUGCUUUGGGUGAAGUACAAGAGUCCUGCUUACCUACCUCUGGCAUUAGGGUCUGUUUUAUAGUUAUUAAAAAAAUCAUUGAGUGCAAUAAAUAUACACUGGCCUUAUAGGGCACAAAGCUGCCACUGCUUAGUUGGGUUUUCUUAUAUUUCAGUAUUUAUCUUAUUGGGUUGAUAAUUUACACAGGGUUUCCUGAAAAUAUGUGCUUUUCUCUUAGGCUGUACUUAUCUGCUUAGCUAAUUUUAUCUGGACAUUAUUUUAUUAUUAUUUUAUUAAUUUAUUUUAGUAUUGUUGUAUUUGUAUAAACUUCCUCUUUUGUAUAUCAUAAUAUAUGUGGUCACUAACUUCUGCUGUUUCACUGUUAUCAAUGCUGCACUGAUAAAAUAAAUAUUUUUAUAAAAUA